AUGUUCAGCUUCCCCUUGAUCACCGCGCUCCUUAGCGCGACUUCAGCAUUUGCGACACCUUUGAAUUCGACUAUUGCACAAAGAGUGUGUGGGACGGUCAUCAGCGAUGCAAAACUCGCAAAGGCUGAAGCCCAUUUCAAUGCAAACAAAGUCACUGUGCCUUCUUUUGCAUCUGCAUCUACUGCCACUAUAAACGUUCAUUUUCAUGUCAUUCAACAAAAUAAUACAUUGUUAGGAGGCAAUAUUCCGGAUUCCCAAAUCAAAGAUCAAAUUGCUGUCAUGAACAAGGCUUAUGCCAGUGCAGGUAUAACCUGGGUCCUUGCCAGUACUAGCCAUACCACCAACUCAGGAUGGUUCAAUGGCGUGGGGCCUGACACAUCGUCUCAAACAGACAUGAAAUCAUCUCUCCGAGUUGGCGGCCCUAAAGAUCUCAAUGUCUACACAGUCGGAUUCAACUCUGGUGCCGGUGCAGGGCUCCUCGGUUACUCCACAUUUCCAUCUGAUUAUUCUGGUGCACCCAGUGACGACGGGGUUGUAAUCUUAUACUCUUCUCUUCCAGGAGGUAGCGCUUCUCCGUACAACCUUGGUCAGACCUUGACUCACGAAGCCGGCCACUGGGUUGGUCUGUACCACACUUUCCAAGGAGGCUGUUCAGGCUUAGGCGACCAAGUUUCGGACACACCGGCCGAGGCUUCUGCUGCUUUUGGGUGCCCAACCGGUCGCGACACCUGCAAAUCCCCUGGCGUUGACCCCAUUCACAACUUCAUGGACUACUCAGACGACUCAUGCAUGACUGAGUUCACAGCUGGACAAAUUACGCGUCUCAGGUCACAAAUCGCUACAUACCGUGGCAUCUCAGCUUGA